AGACAGCUAGCUAGCUAAGCUAACCGGCGUUGGAGAAAUAUGGAUAAAAACUAUUUGUGCCGAUGUGAAAAACAGUUAGCUGUGCCUUUUUAAAGGGUGGUCAGUCAGCUGGUGGUGUCAGGACGCGGACUUUGACUCGGUUUCCAAAAAAAGAACAAAACAGAUCCAACCAUGCCUCUCCAGUUUGCGUACAACCACGAGGACUUUGUCACUGAUGUGCGCCGGAGUGAUGGAACCGGUCCAGCGACGGCAUCGCCACCAACAAAGUUUGACUCAACCAUCCAAGCUGGCUGGACGGACAGGAUGGACAGGGGUCUCUUCCGCUACCACCUGGGUGAUUUGCAAACUCGUAUCCUGCCGGGUCCACAUGGCUUUGUGGCUCAGCUGAAUGUUCAAAGAGGACUGGAGAGAAGGAAGCCUCAGGAGAUACUGAGCAUUCAGCAGGAGUUCAAUGCCAGGCAGUUUAAUUUUAACAAAAUCAACCCAGAUGAAAUCAUAUUUGAGAUGAUAAAGGACACAGAGGGACACACAGCUUUGCCUGACAAUAGACAGUUACCUCAACCCUGUGGGAUGGUAGUGUUGGUCAAUGUCAGCCCUUUGGAGUUUGGACAUUGUCUCUUUGUUCCAGAUCCCUCACGCUGUUACCCACAGAUCCUGACAAGGUUCGCUAUCAAGGUCGGUAUUGAAUCUGUGCUCCUGAGCUCCGACCCUGGUUUCCGUGUCGGGUUCAACAGUCUCGGAGCUUUCGCGUCUGUCAAUCACUUACACCUCCAUGGAUAUUACCUGGACCACGAACUAAAGAUAGAAUCCACUCCAGUUAAGCCUUUAGUUCCUGAAAAAGGAUUUUAUCUCAUGCCGGACUUCCCUGGCGGCUUUUUGUUUUACACAGAAUCAGAGGAGGUGGAGAAAGUAGCAAGUGCCAUCUGUCAAGUCACAGACUCUCUGGUGGGCGGUAAUAUUGCUCACAACAUGUUCUUGACUCGGGGAUGUCCGCCAUGCGAUCGCACGCAGAGUGAAGAAGAUCACUGUGCAAGAAAAGGCGUGCGUGUUGCAGUAUGGCCUAGAAUAUCCUGCUUUGGUGCCAAAGAGGAAUCUGCCUUCAACGUUGCUCUUUGCGAGCUGGCUGGACAUUUGCCAUUUAAGAACCAGAAGGACUAUGAGCUCACGACUGAGAAAGAUGUCAUCGGGAUAAUACAGAGGUAUCUUCUGCCUGAGGAUGAGUUUCACAGGUUGGAGCAGCAGCUUACUAGUCACUUAAUGGGUUUAUGAUACAUAGAUAAUGUGGUAACUGUUGCGCUGAAGGUACAGACGAACUGUGAUGAAAGCUACAUGUAAUACAGUUUUCAGUGUCCUUUUUGUUUGAGUGACUAGAAUUGAGUUAGAUUUUUUUAAGAGCCUAUUCUAAUGUCCUGUACCUGAACUAAAUAUUGCACUGGAUGUGAGCACAACUAUCAAACUGAAUGUGUUUCAAAGCCUUCACUGAACACUAAAGAGGUUAAGAUUUGCCAUAAUUGUAUUUAUAAAUGACGAUGCGCUUUGAUCAAAAAAUUGGUAUCAAAUAAAAUGUUGAAAGUGUUUUAU